CACCACAUCAAACAGCAUAGCGCAGACAUCCUCACAUGGUAAUGUGGAGGGGGUUUCUUUAUCGUGUCAUUCACAUUCAAAUAUAAUAAACCAACAGAUACACGGACAUUACUCGCUUCGACUUUACACCCGGGAGAUACGAUGUUUACAAUCACUCCAGCUUUUCUCUAUUUUCAGCGCGUACAACUAAAUCACGAAGUUGAACGAGUCCGCGCCUCCCGAACUUCGCAAACCCUUGCGGUUUUCUUGCACAGACUGAUAGCUCAGCUGUGAGUAUUGCAAAGAGAGAAGACGAGUGCAUGUACCUUUAGCUUUUGAAAUUAUUAUAUUAUUUUGUUGCAGAGUCAUGUAUUUUUUCCUGUAAUGUCAGCAGACCAGGAUAAAGACACCCUGUCUCUUAAAAGAAACAGAGGUGGAGAUGGUGGGUUGGAUGGCUUAGGAGGGCCAGGCGUACUGGGAAGCCCUGAUAAGAAAAAGCGCAAGUCAAGUACACAGGUCUCUUCUUUUCCUCCUCUUUCUGAGUAUGCUCCACCACCAAACCCCGGCUCUGAUCACCUUGUAGCUGCCAACCCUUUUGAUGACAGCUAUAACCCUGUAUCCUACAAACCUCUGCCUUCUGGAAAUCCUUAUUUUGGCAAUCCUAACUAUUCCGGUUUUGGUUGGUACAACUCUCACAGAAUGCCACUGCACAUGCAACCCAGAAUGCCUUCUCCUUAUGGAGGUCCUUACCCCAUGCAAAACCGACCCCAUCCAUUUCCACAGAUUCAAAUGGGCAGAGGUUUUAAUCGCACUCAAGGCUUUAACUUUGGUCCCCAUGAUAAUCCAAAUUUCAGAAACCAACCAAUGUUUACUUAUCAUAUGAACUCAAAUGUGAGCUUACCACCUCAUCCACCGUUUAGACCAGGCCCAGGAGAAAACUUCAUCCAAAUAAUGCCACUACAGACUAUGAACCAAAACACAAACUCAGACACGGGCCCCAACUUUGGGCCAGAGAGCAACACAAACAUGAAUCCGCCAAUGGGCCCUAACAUGGAUGGCAACCAUGGUUUUAUGCAGCCACAGAGUAAUAACCACCACCAGGUAAAUGCUGCCACGCCAAAACAAUACAACAGUCAAGGCCCAAAUAAAAACCUCAGUCAAAGCCCAUAUCAAAACUCUGCUUCUCGUCGGCCUUCCCAGAGUCCAGAAGAAAGUGUAAACCAGGACCUUUCAAACCCGAAAGUUAUCAAUAAACGCGGUUCCCCCAAUCAAGAAAGCAGUCAUUCCAACACUCCUGAAAACAUUAAUGGCAGCCAUGGUAACAAUGGCGUUCAGAACAAGUCUCACACAGCCAUUGAAGGUGUUGCAGCUGAGAGGAGCAGUAGUAAAACAGCCGCACACCCGAUUCGGCCAAGCCAGUCUUCUGCAAAUCCUGUUUAUCCUUGCGGAAUUUGCAUGAAUGAAGUCAAUGAUGACCAGGAGGCCAUUUUGUGCGAGGCUUCUUGUCAGAAAUGGUUUCACAGGGUUUGCACUGGCAUGACAGAGACGGCCUACAACCUUCUAACAGCUGAAGCAGCAGCGGUGUGGGGCUGCGAUACCUGCAUGGAGAACAAGGAUGUCCAGCUCACAAAACCUAGUCAAACAAGCUAGAAACAAUGAUGGAUAACAAUAAUGGCUUUAAAAAAAAAAAAAUCUUUCACAGUUUGUAUUUUUUUUUACUUUGUUUACUUCAGAAGCUAAUGAAUGUCUUCAGAUAAUAUCCAUCAGUGUGCUUGUUUAUUAGAUUAGAUUGUUUAAUUUUAUAAGACCUCAAAAGUCUCAUAUGAUUAACAAUGAUAUAAUCCUCCACCCAUCCACACCUUAAAGUAGUUAUUUAUUGUGUCCCCCUAAUCAUGGAGUGGAAUGACCCUCCAACAAUGUGACUGGACACGGGACAGAAUGUUGCAAAAGUGUACAGUCUGUUAUUUUUCCUGUUGGAGUGUAUUCUCCUUUUUUAUUUAAAGCAAAAAAUAAUUGAUUUUAAUUGCGGUGAUAUGGCAGAAUGGAAAUGGAGUGUACAUGGCAUUGUGUGUCAUAAAGUAACAAUGUCUUCUUUCAUACUGUUUUCCAGCACAUGCCAAAUUAUUCCAGAGAGAAUGAUAGCUUUGGCAAUGGCUUUUGAUUGUAAAUGCAGGAAGAAGUAAUAAGAAUAAGGCAGUUUCAUUUGGAUGGUGUUCUUUUGACCAUCUGUGUUUGUUAAUAGUACUGGGUAAAAAGAGUACAGCUUUUUUGGCACCAUGCUAUUCUAGAAUGUAAAGCUUGUGAUGUUCCAAAAUCUUUUAAUUUCUUUUAUUAUUUGGUAAUGAGAUAUGUUUACUUAAUUAUGGCUCUAAGCCAUGCUUUUUACAAUAAUUUUAUCUAAUUGUAAUACAUUUUACAUUUGUGAACAAAAUAAUACAUAUACUUUUAACUAUAUAUUGUAACUUGUAUGUACAUUUAUGCAUAUUUCUACAUAUUUACUACCUCAAAGCGCCCAACACAAUUCAGAUGUAAUUUGCAAGGUGUCCUCUGUGACUAAAGUCAAUUAUAUCUCCCUAAUGUUGUUUUCUAAAAUACUAAAAGUUCACAAAUGCCCUUUUAGACUUUAUCCAGAAGAAAAUAGUAUAUGAAACUAGCUGACAACUGAAUGCAUAAAAUGUCCUUGUCAAUGGCCUGGUGCUGUGGAACACCUUAAACAAAUGUAUUUAUGAUGUUAAAUUAAAGUUGCCAUAUGUAAUUUAUAAAUAAAUAUUUCAACUAUACAAAUUGUAAAGGGAUUUAUUAACUGCCAGCAUACUACCAAUAUAUUUGAAAUGGUUUAGGGUAAAGAUUUUUAGUUUGGCUUCCAUUUCUUGGCAAUCAAUGUAAUUGCACCAGUAUUGUAUUGGAUUGUAUUGUAUUGCUGCAGCACUGCAGAAUGCUUCAUGUUUAUUAAUGUAUUUAGUUUUAACUAAUUUAAUGCAACCAGGUUCUUAUUAAAACAAACAAACAAACAAACAAACAAACAAACAAACAAAAUACUUGUUGUUGGGUAGUGUAUAUAAAUUAGUUCCAUAUUGGUGACAUUUGUAUCUUUUAAUAAAAAAAAAAUAAUAAUAAUAAUAAAAUGCUACCUCAUGUAUGAGUAGAAAGCAGACCUGUAGUUGUAUAAUGGUAACUGUUAUAAGAUACUUACCUGAGAUCAUUUUACACAGUGCACCUAGCCAGCCCCAAUGUAUAGCUGCAAUAUGGGGUACAGAUUCCAAGUGGAAUUGCAUUUUUAAGUGGUUAUUAAAUAGCAUUAUAUAAAUCAACAGAUAAUAGGGCAGGUAUAUGACAAGUAUCAUGAUAAUAAAAUUAUACAGAAUUAAGAUACUCAAUUAUUCUAGUAAAUGUGAUUAGUUUAAUCAAAUAUGAAUGGUGUAACUAGAUCAUUCAAUGUGUUAGGGUUUGUAGCUGUAGCUAUAUAUGGGGUUAGGAAUUGACAGAAGUAUCCUGUUGGGAAAAUCCCUUGUUAAUAACUUAAUUUGCAACUACAUGUCUGCCAGUAUCGCAUACCUUGGCCUGUUUCAUUGAGAAAUUGUGUUUUGUAAGUAAAGAGCUACAUUUAAGAGUGGAGCUGCUAUGUGUUAUGCUAUGCCAAGGAUAUCAUGUUUAAUGUCCAUUGAUCAUAUUAGCAGAACUUACAUUAUCAAGUAUUUCUGAUUGAUGUUUUUUUUUUUUUUGGAUCAGUAGUGGGAUGAGUUAACAAUAAAGCUAAUGCUAAUAAUGACUAAAGUUGUUUAAAGACUAUUUUGUUUCUGUGUAUU